AUGGCCCACCCAGCACAACUAGGACUACAAGACGCAUCCUCCCCAAUUAUAGAAGAACUUAUACACUUCCAUGACCACGCAUUAAUAAUUGUAUUUCUUAUUAGUACACUUGUAUUAUAUAUUAUCACGACAACAGUUUCAACAAAACUAACUAAUAAGCACUUACUUGAUGCUCAAGAGAUUGAAAUGGUUUGAACAGUUAUACCGGCCCUGGUGUUAAUUACAAUUGCCUUACCAUCACUUCGAAUUCUCUACCUAAUAGAUGAAAUUAAUGAUCCUCAUUUGACUAUUAAAGCUACAGGACAUCAAUGAUACUGAAGUUAUGAAUAUACUGACUAUGGUACACUAAAUUUUGAUUCAUAUAUAACACCAACUCAAGACCUAAUACCAGGCCAAUUUCGACUUCUUGACACGGAUAAUCGAAUAGUUGUCCCCAUAGAAUCCCCUGUACGUAUAUUAAUUACAGCUGAAGAUGUCCUUCAUUCAUGGGCAGUUCCGUCACUUGGGUUAAAAAUAGACGCUGUACCCGGCCGCCUUAAUCAAGCCACUUUUAUUGCCACCCGACCGGGAAUCUUCUUUGGGCAAUGCUCAGAAAUUUGCGGCGCAAAUCAUAGCUUUAUACCUAUUGCAAUCGAAUCGACACCAAUUAAACACUUUGAGUCUUGAUCUUCAUCAAUAUUAGCAGAAUCCUCAUUAAGA